AUGCCAACAUCUGCAUUUAAUGCAGAUUUCGCUGCAGGAAUCACGGCCGGUGCUGUCACAACAUUGGUCGUGCACCCGCUUGACCUCAUCAAGGUGCGGCUCCAAGUCGAUGCCUCUUCCGCGGACCCAUGGUCCCGUCUACGCGCCGCCAUUUUCCCAAGCAUUACACGAAACUCAGUUGGAUCCUCAUCAAUAAACAGUAUUAAUAUUAAUAAUAAUAACACCAAUACAUCGACUUCUAUUCAUACCUUACGUGCACUCUACCGGGGUCUGCCAAUCAACUUGGUGGGGAAUACAUUAUCAUGGGGGCUUUACUUUUCUCUUUACCAUUAUCUUAAAGCUCAAGCUCUGCCACCGGGACCAAUAGAAACAUUAGCGCCCACUACAGAUGACAAUAAAAUUAUACAGCCUAUAGAUGAUAACCUGGUGCGCCGGUGGGCUGCGGUUGCAGAUUCUUCAACAGUAUAUAUGGCAUGUGCCAUGAGUGCAGGGACAACAACAUCGUUGCUUACAAACCCACUUUGGGUGCUUAAAACUCGGUACCUUUCAACGACUUCGGACGGCAAAUCCACGUCGUCGGCAAGUCGUGUGAAUGUAAGUGUACGCGACAUUGUGGCUAAGGAAGGUGUGCGUGCAUUGUGGCGUGGAUUUAUGCCAUCGUUAUUUGGGGUUCUUCAAGGAAGUCUUCAAUUUUCACUUUACGAUGAGUUUAAAACUCGACGACUGCGGCGGCGGGAACAAAAAGCAUAUUCACAAUCAUUAUCUUCUUCAUCAUCAUCAUCAUCAUCUCAAUCGUUACCAACAGAUAAAUUGGCUCAAUGGGAGUAUAUUACUCUUUCAGCUUCAUCUAAAAUCGUGGCAACGGUUGCUUUAUAUCCUUACCAAUUGGUACGUGCGCGGUUACAAAUGGGAUCUGGAUAUUAUAAAAAUGCACGAGAAAUCAUUUUGCAUGCUCUGCGCAACGAAGGUGGUUUGCGCAGUCUUUACAAGGGACUAGGAGCCAAUCUUCUUCGGGUAGUUCCUUCUACCACCAUUACAUUUGUCGUUUAUGAAAACGUCCAGCAUUGGCUUAAACAUUAA